AUGACUGAUUGUGACUCAGUGCAUUCUGGGAUUGCUUUCUCCAUGAAGGAUGUGGCCUGUAAGGUGUCAGUGGUAUUUUGUCAUUAUUGCAUCAUGACUAAUUUCUUCUGGUUGCUGGUUGAAGCCGUGUAUCUGAACUUUCUGCUGGUCUCGGCCUUCCCGCGCAGCCGCCGCUGUCUCUGGAGUUUCGCUCUUCUGGGCUGGGGUUUUCCCCUGGUCUGCAUCAUCCUCUGGAUCUGCUCUAGACUAUAUUUUGAGGACACAGAGUGUUGGGACAUAAAUGAAGAUUCUCCUUAUUGGUGGAUCAUCAAGGGUCCAAUUGUGGUGUCCAUAGGGGUGAACUUCUUUCUCUUCGUGAACAUCAUCAGGAUUCUGGUGCAGAAACUGAACCCUCGCUUGAUCCAGUUCAACAAUUCGGCUCAGUACAGACGACUGACCAAGUCCACCCUCCUCCUCAUCCCUCUCUUCGGCACUCAUUACAUGGUCUUCAGCUUUCUCCCAGACUACUUCAACGUGAGCCUGCGGCUGUGCAUCGAGCUGUGUCUGGGCUCCUUCCAGGGUCUUAUUGUGGCGGUUCUCUACUGUUUCCUGAACCAGGAGGUUCAGAAUGAAAUACGCUUACGAUGGAUGCGAAAUCAAGAGGGGAGUUACGUUGUCGUCCCUGUUGGAGCCAAAGGAAGUCAGAUGGAUACUCCAUUCUAG